CCGACCCCGCGGCCGGAGGAUGUCGGCGGGCGGCCGCGACGAGGAGCGGCGGAAGCUGGCCGACAUCAUCCAGCACUGGAACGCCAACCGACUGGACCUGUUCGAGAUCAGCCAGCCCACCGAGGAUUUGGAGUUCCACGGAGUGAUGAGGUUUUAUUUUCAAGAUAAAGCCGCCGGGAACUUCGCCACGAAAUGCAUCCGGGUGUCCAGCACCGCCACCACACAGGACGUGCUGGAGACGCUGGCCGAGAAGUUCCGCCCCGACAUGCGCAUGCUGUCGUCCCCCAAGUACUCUCUCUACGAGGUGCACGUCAGCGGAGAAGAAAGAAGAUUGGAUAUAGAUGAGAAACCCCUGGUUGUGCAGCUGAACUGGAAUAAAGAUGACCGAGAGGGCAGGUUUGUCCUUAAGAAUGAGAACGAUGCCAUUCCUGCAAAGAAGGCUCAAAGUAACGGACCUGAAAAGCAGGAAAAAGAAGGUGUUAUCCAGAACUUCAAGAGAACUCUCUCAAAGAAGGAAAAGAAGGAAAAAAAGAAGAGAGAAAAAGAGGCAGUGAGACAGGCGUCUGAUAAAGAUGAUAGACCUUUUCCUGGGGAUGACAUUGAGAAUUCUCGCCUGGCCGCUGAGGUCUACAAAGACAUGCCUGAGACCAGCUUUACGCGAACCAUCUCCAACCCUGAGGUGGUCAUGAAGCGGCGACGGCAGCAGAAGCUGGAGAGGCGGAUGCAGGAGUUCCGGAGCUCGGACGGGCGGCCAGACUCGGGUGGAACAUUGAGAAUUUACGCAGAUAGCCUGAAACCAAACAUUCCCUACAAGACGAUCCUGCUGUCCACUACAGACCCCGCGGACUUCGCUGUGGCCGAAGCCUUGGAGAAGUACGGCCUGGAGAAGGAGAACCCCAGGGACUACUGCAUUGCCCGUGUCAUGCUUCCUCCCGGAGCCCAGCAUUCGGAUGAAAAAGGUGCUAAAGAAGUUAUCCUCGACGAUGACGAGUGUCCUUUACAGACCUUCAGGGAAUGGCCGAGUGACAGAGGGAUUUUAGUCUUUCAGUUGAAGAGGAGGCCGCCAGACCACAUCCCAAAGAAAAGUAAGAAGCAGACGGACGGGAAGCCCCUGCAGGGGAAGGAGAGAGCCGACGGGCCGGCCUACGGCUCCGCCCUGCCCCCCGAGAAGCUGCCCUACCUCGUGGAGCUGAGCCCGGACGGUUCUGACUCCAGAGACAAGCCAAAGCUCUACCGCCUUCAGCUCAGCGUCACCGAGGUCGGGACCGAGAAGUUCGACGACAGCUCCAUCCAGUUGUUUGGUUCAGGCAUUCAGCCCCAUCACUGUGACCUCACGAACAUGGACGGGGUGGUCACGGUCACGCCGAGGAGCAUGGACGCGGAGACCUACGUGGGUGGGCAGCGCAUCUCGGAGACCACGAUGCUGCAGAGCGGGGUGAAGGUGCAGUUCGGGGCGUCCCACGUGUUCAAGUUCGUGGACCCCAGCCAGGACCACACGCUCCCCAAGAGACCCGUGGACGGGGGCCUGACCGCGAAGGGCCCCAGGCAUAAGUCUGGAAUUGUUCAGGAGACAACUUUUGAUUUAGGAGGAGACGUUCACAGUGGAACGGCCUUACCAGCAAGCAAGAGCGCCGCCAGGCUGGACAGCGACAGGACGCCGUCCGCCUCCAGCACUGCCGAGCGAGGGAUGGUGAAGCCGAUGGUCCGCGUGGAGCAGCAGCUGGACUACCGCCGGCAGGACAGCAGAACUCAGGAUGCUCCUGGGCCUGACCUGAUUCUGCCUGCAAGCAUUGAAUUCAGGGAAAGUUCUGAAGAUUCAUUUUUAUCCGCCAUUAUAAAUUACACGAAUAGCUCUACAGUCCAUUUUAAGCUGUCACCCACAUACGUGCUAUACAUGGCGUGUCGGUACGUAUUGUCCAGCCAGUACAGACCCGACGCCAGCCCCGCGGAGCGCACGCACAAAGUCAUGGCCCUCGUCAACAGGAUGGUGAGCAUGAUGGAAGGGGUGAUCCAGGAAGUAGACCAGGUUGAUCAGAAACAGAAGAACAUUGCAGGGGCCCUUGCCUUCUGGAUGGCCAACGCAUCCGAGCUGCUCAACUUUAUCAAGCAGGACCGAGACCUCAGUCGGAUCACGCUGGAUGCACAGGACGUCCUGGCGCACUUGGUGCAGAUGGCCUUCAAGUACCUGGUUCACUGUCUUCAGUCAGAGCUGAAUAAUUACAUGCCCGCUUUUCUGGACGACCCUGAAGAGGACAGUCUGCAGAGACCAAAAAUAGACGACGUGCUGCACACGCUCACGGGCGCCAUGUCCCUGCUGCGUCGCUGCCGGGUCAACGCCGCGCUGACCAUCCAGCUCUUCUCCCAGCUCUUCCACUUCAUCAACAUGUGGCUGUUCAACCGGCUGGUGACCGAGCCCGAGUCGGGGCUCUGCUCCCACUACUGGGGCGCCAUCCUCCGCCAGCAGCUCGGGCACGUGGAGGCCUGGGCUGAGAAGCAGGGCCUGGAGCUGGCGGCUGACUGCCACCUGAGCCGGAUCGUGCAGGCCACCACUUUGCUUACGAUGGACAAGUACGCACCUGAUGACGUUCCAAACAUAAGCAGCGCCUGCUUCAAGUUGAACUCCCUGCAGCUGCAAGCCUUGCUGCAGAAUUACCACUGUGCGCCCGACGAGCCUUUCGUCCCUGCGGACCUGAUCGCGAACGUGGUGGCCGUGGCUGAGAAUACGGCGGACGAACUUGCACGCAGCGACGGGCGGGAGGUGCGGCUGGAGGAGGACCCCGACCUGCAGCUGCCCUUCCUCCUGCCCGAGGACGGCUACUCCUGCGACGUCGUCAGGAACGUCCCCAGCGGCCUGCAGGAGUUCCUGGACCCUCUCUGCCAGAGAGGGUUUUGCAGGUUAAUUCCUCACCCACGCUCCCCGGGCACCUGGACGAUAUACUUUGAAGGCGCAGAUUACGAGAGUCACCUUUUGCGGGAGAACACAGAACUGGCACAGCCUCUGCGUAAAGAACCUGAAAUCAUCACUGUGACCCUCAAAAAGCAGAACGGAAUGGGCCUUAGCAUUGUCGCUGCAAAGGGCGCUGGUCAAGACAAACUUGGGAUUUACGUCAAGUCCGUUGUGAAAGGAGGCGCCGCAGACGUGGACGGGCGGCUCGCCGCAGGUGACCAGCUGCUCAGCGUGGACGGACGGAGUCUGGUGGGACUCUCUCAAGAAAGGGCGGCAGAGCUGAUGACAAGGACAAGCUCCGUCGUGACGCUCGAAGUAGCGAAGCAAGGAGCCAUUUACCACGGCCUCGCCACCCUGCUCAACCAGCCUUCCCCUAUGAUGCAGAGAAUUUCAGAGCGCCGUGGGUCAGGUAAACCCCGACCAAAGAGCGAAGGCUUUGAGCUGUACAACAACUCAACUCAGAACGGGUCCCCGGAGAGCCCGCAGACGCCCUGGGCCGAGUACAGCGAGCCCAAGAAGCUGCCGGGCGACGACCGGCUGAUGAAGCACAGGGUGGACCACCGCUCCAGCCCCAAUGUCGCAAAUCAGCCUCCCAGUCCUGGCGGAAAGAGCGCGUAUCCCCCGGGAACCGCAGCCAAGAUCACGUCUGUCUCCACAGGGAACCUCUGCGCUGAGGAGCAGACGCCUCCGCCCCGCCCCGAAGCCUACCCCAUCCCCACGCAGACGUCCACCAGGGAGUAUUUCACCUUUCCGGCCUCCAAGUCCCAGGACCGCGUGGCGCCCCCGCAGAGCCAGUGGCUGGGUUUCGAGGAGAAGCCCCAGGUGCUGGCAGACGGAAACCACUCCAGUGCUGCCGUCCAGCGUGUGACCCGCUCCCAGGAGGAGCUUCGCGAGGACGCCUAUCACCCUGAGCGGCAGUGGGCGGAGGCGGCCGCGGAGCGCAGGUCGGACGGUGGCGACGCCUGGCCUACCACCCAGGGCUCGUCACUGGGUUCCGGCGCGUCCAGCCAGGAGCACCUAGGGCCCCCCUCCAAAGCGGGCACCCCUGCCUCCACGCUCACCAAGAGCGGCCCUGGGCGCUGGAAGACCCCGGCCGCCUCCCCGCCCGUGCGGACUGACCCGGCCCUGCCGCCGCCGCCGCCCCCCGGGUCCUACGCCGGGGAGGCGGACGCAGACACGGACUCGCCCCCUCCCGCCACCGCCGCCGCCGCCCAGGUGCAGGCGGCCGCCGAGCGCAAGAAACGGGAGGAGCAGCAGCGCUGGUACGAGAAGGAGAAGGCGCGCCUGGACGAGGAGCGCGAGCGCCGGCGCCGGGAGCAGGAGCGCCGGCUGGGCCAGCUGCGCGCGCCCGCGCCGCCCCCCGCGCCCGCCCGCGCGCCCGACACGGUGAUCCGCGAGCUGCAGCCGCAGCAGCAGCCGCGCACCAUCGAGCGCAGGGACCUGCAGUACAUCACGGUCAGCAGGGAGGAGCUGGCCCCCGGGGACAGCCUGUCCCCCGACCCCUGGAAGCGCGACGCGCGCGAGAAGCUGGAGAAGCAGCAGCAGCUGCACAUCGUGGACCUGCUGAGCCGCGAGAUCCAGGAGCUGCAGGGCAAGGCCGAGCGCUCGGCCGAGGAGAGCGACCGGCUGCGCAAGCUGCUGCUGGAGUGGCAGUUCCAGAAGCGGCUGCAGGAGUCCAAGCAGAAGGACGAGGACGACGAGGAGGAGGAGGACGAUGACGUGGACACCGUGCUGCUCAUGCAGCGCCUGGAGGCCGAGCGCAGAGCGCGGUUGCAGGACGAGGAGCGACGGCGGCAGCAGCAGUUGGAGGAGAUGCGGACGCGGGAGGCGGAGGAGCGCGCGCGGCAGGAGGAGCAGCGGCGCCGGCAGGAAGACGAGCGGGUCAGGCGCGAGGCCGAAGACAAGAGGCGGCAGGAGGAUGGCUACUACAGCCGCCUGGAGGCCGAGCGGCGCCGACAGCACGAGGAGGCCGAGCGCCGGCUGCUAGAGCCCGAGGAGCCGGGCCUGGGCCGCCCGCCGCUCCCGCGCGGCUACGAGCCCACCGGCCCGCCGCCGCCGCCGCCGCCCCAGCGCACUGCCUCCUACCUGCAGACGCAGGCCUUCUCCCCGGACGCCCUCUACACCGCCAAGUUCGUGGCCUACAACGAGGAGGAGGACGAGGACGACGAGCCGGCAGGAACGAACUCUUACGUGGGACCUGCUGGAACAGUUUUUGGAGCCCAUGAUGUUUAUCGGGACCCGAGAGAGAGACCGCCUAAGAGCCAGGAAGCAGAUGUCCCCGGGGGGCCCGGAGCCCCUGAAAACCUGACGUUCAGGGAGCGCCAGCGCCUUUUCUCCCAAGGCCACGACGUCUCCAAUAAAGUCAAGGCCUCUCGCAAGUUAACAGAGCUGGAGAACGAGCUGAACACCAAGUGAGGUGGCCCUGUGCCCAGCCUGGCCCCUCGGGGUACUCGUGACGGCGCCGCCUGAGGACCCAGGUCCCAGGGAUCCUGCUUCUGGAAGGCUUGGCAUGUGGAAGAGUUCCAUCGCUAAGAAAUUCCGCUUUACUUUACCAAGAGGUUGUCAUUCUACAGUCUCUAGACAUUGUCUUCUUAAUGACCUGACUCCCAGGAAGGUAGCUUUCUGGUCAGUCUCUUUAGGGUCUGGGUUUGGAAAGGGGCAGAAGAAGACCCUGAGCUGUGUCUUCGCCCCCGUCUCCCCCCAAGGAGCGCAAGGAAGUCCUGUUUCUGUUCUUUUCCUAAACCUUGCUGUUCACUAAUCAGAGCAGCUUGAGCUCUGCAGGCUGCCAUUUGCACUACUUAGCAGCAGCUGCAGCUGCAGGAGGGUCAGCGUGCCCUCUGGGGAGACCGCGUGGACGUGUGCAUGCCAAGGAGCGCCGGCCAGCCGUGCCCGCUGCCGGGAGGCAGGCGGGCCUGGGCGUGACCACUGCGGCGCUGUCCCCACUGGCAGCCCUCCAAAUCAGCUCUAGGGUUUGAUUGAAACGAGUUUCUCCAAGAAGACAAUUUUGAGGAUUUAAGCUUAGGAAAUUUUAUUUUUAUAAAUACCAGAUGAUUUUUAUGCCAAUAAGUCAUUAGUGAUUUUGAAGAUGGCGCUUAAGUUAGAAAGUUAGCUAAAUGUUUCAGCUCUUCUAAGGGAAGCUGUAAUGGAGGAUAUCUGCUAAACAGUGUUGACAUGAAUAGGAACAAAAAGACUUAAGAAGAAUGAGAGGGUGGUAGGUGCACAGCCGUUGCUCAGAAAUCUAAGCUCAGAAAAAGAGCUGGAUUUAUACCAAUCUGCUGUCAGGGAAGGAAGGGCCCAUUGCGCAUGGCAUCUGUAACUGAAAUGCUGCAAGAGACUCGUGGCAGUUCAGGCUAUUUUUUUACAUCCGAAUAGAGUUAUUUAAUUUUCACGUAUUGAAUUAUUAGUUACCACUGUCACUUCUUCAGCUGUGAAUAUGUGGCUGGUGUUGGGGAGACGGACCUCACUUUGUUUUAUAUUAUGUGAUGUUAAAACAGUCAAUGAUUUUGUGAUCAUGAGCAGAUUUUCUAUUUGACAAGCCCUGCUGCGGCUCUAGGUGACUUGACCGUAUUGUUCUCUUAACAAUAGGUGUGUUAGGAAGAUACGCACACUUUCCAGAAGUGGGGGGCUGUCUGCCUUAGAAAUCACUUUCCUCAGAGCUGUAAGAUAAAUCAUUACAACGCGAGUGUAAAUAUUUUCUGCGUCUGCCAGGGUUCGUAUCUGGAAGUGCGCUUCUCUCAUUUCCCUCGUUAAGUAAGAGAGCAAGUGGUUCUAAGUGUUAUGAAGGAUCUGCAUGCUUGCGCCUCCCGACGUCUCGGAACACUGGCCGCCUUAAGGGGACCGGACCCACAGCCUCUUUAAAGAGAAAGGUGCAGGUGAACUGGUAUCCUGUUAAUAUAUAGAAAAACAACAGACACACAUGAGUACAUGCAAGUACAUGUAAAUAUUUACAUGCAGGGAUACUUCUGUGUGUGACUGUAAGCCCCUUCCCGUGGAUUUGGCCGUCUCGGACGAUUAGGUCAAAUGUGAAUAUGUGUAAAGUGCUUUUCAUGACUGUGCGUUACUAUGGAGACGACAUCAGACCUGCUGUAGUUUUCCAUUUCUACUGUAUUUCAUUUGCAGCCUAUUUUUAAUAAACUUUGUAUGUAUUUAAGGGUA